UGUCCUAAAAAUGGAACAGCAUCGGCUAAGAUUAGAAGUCUCAAGUCGUGGUUGACCUUGAAACCAUGGAGACAUUUCUGGGGUCUGACACUCGCACAGGACAGGAGAGAGGACAAGACGACCCGCAUGCGCCCUACGAUUUAGGAUGAGAGAGGACAGCUUGCCAAAUGCGCACCACCAUUGCCGUCGCACCACUCGCCGAUGCCCUUCCCCGUUUAACUGCUCGUCACUCCCGCCUUGACGCAUCCUUCCUCCGCCGCGCAAGGACGAACAGGAGGUGCUCACGCCACUGCUCCCACCUCCCUUCGCGUCGAGACCAUCGUUGAUCACCGGCCUGUGAGUGACUGACUGGUUCCCCUGCCGCCGGGGCCGGGCACAAUGCCGGGAGCCGUGAUCGUGCACCACCAUAAUAGGUACAAGACGUACCCCGGCGAGGUCACCGGAUUUGUCUUCUUUGCCUGCCUCAUCGCCUCCGUCGGUGGCUGCAUCUUCGGCUAUGACAUCGGGCUCACCGCCGGGUUGACGUCGACGGAGACCUUCCUGAUCAAGUUCUUCCCGUCCACCUACCAGCAGCUGAAGGACCAGGUGGUCACCAACCAGUACUGCAAGUUCGACAGCCAGGUCCUGACGCUGUUCAGCUCCUCCCUCUUCCUCUCCGCGAUGGUCGCCGCCUUCUUCGCCGGCCCCAUGGGCCGAGCCUUCGGCCGUAAGUGGACCAUGUUUGUCGCCGCAUUCGCGUACAUGAUCGGCGCUUGCCUCGGCGGCGCGGCCGAAAAUUUCGCAAUGCUGCUCACUGGCCGGAUCCUCGUCGGCGCCGGGGUCGGCCUCUGCAUUCACGCUUCUCCGCUCUACAUCUCCGAGAUGGCGCCAGGCCCUCAGCGGGGGAUGCUCAACAUCCUGUUCCAGCUCAUGAUCACGGUGGGGAUCCUCUCCGCGAGCCUGACCAACUACUGGACGUCCAAGAUCGCCGGCGGGUGGGGUUGGCGUAUCGCCGUGGCAUUUGGCGCCGUCCCGGCCGCCGUCAUCGCCCUUGGGGCGCUCGCCAUCCCGGACACCCCCGUCUCCCUCAUCUCGCGCGGCGAAGCCGAGACGGCGCGCGCGACGCUAGCCCAGAUCAGGGGCGUCGGCGACGUCAGCGAGGAGUUUGAGGACCUGUCUGCUGCGAGCGAGGAUAGCAAGGCCGUGGCGCACCCGUGGCGGGAGCUCUUCUUCAGCGGCAAGUACAAGCCCCAGCUGACGUUCUGCCUCCUCAUCCCCUUCUUCCAGCAGCUCACCGGCAUCAACGUCAUCAUGUUCUACGCGCCGGUGCUCUUCAAGACCGUCGGCUUCAAGCAGAACGCCUCCCUCGUGUCCUCCGUCAUCACCGGCCUCGUCAACGUUUUCUCCACCUUCGUCGCCAUCAUGACCGCCGACAAGGUCGGCCGCCGCGCCCUCUUCCUCCAAGGGGGCACGCAGAUGAUAAUCUCACAGAUCCUGGUGGGGACGUUCAUCGGGCUGCAGUUCGGGAUGAGCGGGAGGGGUGCGAUCUCGGAGCAGUACGCCAUGUGCAUCGUGCUGUUCGUGUGCGUGUACGUGGCCGGGUUCGCGUGGUCGUGGGGGCCGAUGGGGUGGCUGAUCCCCAGCGAGAUCUACCCGCUGGCGGUGCGGUCGGCGGCGCAGAGCGUGACGGUGGCCGUCAACAUGUUCUUCACGGCCUUCAUCGGCCAGAUCUUCCUCACGCUGCUCUGCCACCUCCGGUUCGGGCUCUUCUACUUCUUCGGCGGCUGGGUGCUGCUCAUGACGCUCUUCAUCGCCAUGCUGCUCCCGGAGACCAAGAACGUGCCCGUCGAGGAUGUCGCGCACGUCUGGAGGAAGCACUGGUUCUGGAGGAAGUUCGUCGUCGACACAUCCGACGCCCGCGGCGCCGAGAUGAGGAAGAAGAUAGCACUAGAGAUGAGCUGAUCCGUCGAUCGAUCGAUCGGUGAGGUUGCCCUUGCUCGGUCCUUGAUCGAUGUGUGUUUGGGAUAGGCAGGUGAAGGAAGAUAGCACGAGCGCCAGUUACGGUUAGAUCAUGUACAAUGUUGUGCUUUAGAGAAGAUGCUUAUGAGAAAAAAUCGUAUGUGUUUAUUAGCAU